AUGACCCCACCUCCUCAAAAAUAUUCAGUACCACUUUACACUACAUCAAACGGAUGUCCUGUUAGAAAUCCUAAUGCUAUGAUCAAGAUGGGUAAGUAUGGUCCUGCUUUGCUUCAGGAUCACCAUCUAAUCGAUCUGUUAGCUCAUUUCGAUCGCGAAAGAAUACCAGAGCGUGUUGCACAUGCUAAAGGAUCUGGUGCGCAUGGCUACCUUGAGGUUACUGACGAUGUUUCAGAUUUAGUCAGUGCCGACUUUCUCAAUGGAAUCGGUAAGAGGACUUCACUUUUCUUACGUUUUUCAACCGUCGGUGGUGAAAAAGGGUCGGCAGACUCUGCUCGUGAUCCUCGAGGAUUUGCAGUGAAGUUUUACACUCAAGAAGGAGUUAUUGAUUGGGUGAACAUCAACAGUCCUAUUUUCUUUAUUAGAAACGGUGUUCAGUUUCCUUUUUUGGUUCACACUCAGAAGUCAAGGGACCCUCAAACAAACUUGAAGGAUGUCAACAUGUACUGGGAUUUCUUAUGCAAUAAUCCAGAGUCAGUUCACAAUAUUAUGUUCGUGUUUUCAGACCGUGGUACGCCCUUUUCUUAUAGGCAUAUGCAUGGAUAUUCUGCACACACUUACAAGUGGAUCAAUAAAGAGGGAAAGUUUCAUUAUGUUCAAAUACAUUUGUUAACAGAUCAAGGAAUUAAAAAUUUGACAAACGAACAGGCUCAUGCGUUAGAAGCUGAUGAUCCAGAUCAUGCUGGUCGUGACCUUCACGAGGCAAUUUCAUCGGGCAACUAUCCCUCAUGGACUGUGUGCGUCCAGACUAUGACCGCCGAAGAAGCCAAAAAGGCACCAUUUAGUGUAUUUGACUUAACGAAGACUUGGCCCCAAAAGGAUUAUCCGCUCAGAAAAUUUGCUAAGCUUGUAUUGGAUAGGAACCCCGAAAACUAUCAUGCAGAAGUUGAACAAUCUGCAUUCAGUCCUGCUAAUACUGUUCCUGGCAUUGAACCUUCGGCAGAUCCCGUUUUACAGGCGAGAUUGUUUUCUUACUCUGAUACACAGCGCUAUCGUCUAGGUGCUAAUUUUAAUCAAAUUCCUAUUAACUGCCCACUGCAAGCUUAUUCGCCCUUCCAAAGAGAUGGUGUAGCAUGCGUUAAUGGAAACUACGGCUCUGCGCCCAACUACCCAAGCUCCUUUGAACCUCUGGAUUAUAGAUCAGAUGCUUCAAACAACGAAUCUCACGAAAAGUGGGUCGGUGAAGCGACCUCUUUUCAAUGGAGUGUUACGGAUGAUGAUUAUGAUCAACCAAGAGCAAUGUGGGAAGUUUUUAGAAAAACAGGUCAACAAGAGGCCUUUAUUCACAAUUUAUCAGCCAAUUUAAAGGGAGCAAAACCAGAAAUUCAGGCUCGUGUCAUAGAAAUGUUCUCAAGAGUAACUCCCGAAAUCUCUGGACGUUUGAGCACGGCUCUGCAGUCUUGA